CCAGGUGGAUGUCAAGGAAAACCCAAAUUCUCCGGCACUUAGAUAUAACUGAUACAACAACAGUAUGAGACUGGCGACUGGAAGACAGCAAGGAAUACGAACUGCAGCCAGCAGCACCUUUGAGGAAAACGAUGUUGUGCUUCCCAACUGGGACACCGAAACCCCAAUUAUCAAUUGAUAAAGCACGUCCACAUUAUUAUUAUUAUUAUUAUUAUUAUUAUUAUAUAUUCACGAAUUAGUUUGUGACUUUCGUGCCAUCGAUUUUCACCUGCAACUGUGAACUGAAACCCCGCGCAACGCCUUGUUAGAAGAGGAAACAACGCAUCGGCCAGUUCCUUCAUGACCUCGUUCAACAGGAUGAUAUUCCCAGGUGCUCCAUGCGCCACUGCUCCCUUGCUGCCGUCCAUCCCCUCGGGAGUUUCCCUCUGCUGUCGGGGGGACCAGCACUGAACUCUCAGGGGGCUGUGACGCCACAGAAAGCCCUGGGAAGCCAUGCGCAGGCUGGUCUACUGCAAGGUGGUCCUGACCACCUCCUUGGUGUGGGUGCUGGUGGACGUGGUGCUCCUGCUCUACUUCAGCGAGUGCAACAAGUGUGAUGACCGGAAGGACCGCUCACUGCUGCCUGCCCUGAGAGCUGCUAUAUCGCGCUCGCAGGAAGGCCCUGGCGAAAUGGGGAAACCGGUCGUCAUUCCGAAGGAGAACCAGGAGAAGAUGAAGGAGCUGUUUAAAAUCAACCAGUUCAACUUGAUGGCCAGCGACAUGAUCGCCCUCAACCGCAGUCUGCCGGACGUGAGACUGGAUGGCUGCAAGGCGAAGGUGUACCCAGACGACCUGCCCAACACCAGCAUCGUCAUCGUAUUCCACAACGAAGCGUGGAGUACCCUGCUGCGCACCAUCCACAGCGCCAUCAACCGCUCGCCCCGCCACCUGCUGCUGGAGAUCCUUCUGGUGGACGACGCCAGCGACAGAGACUUCCUGAAGGACAAGCUGGAGCACUCUGUGCGCACCCUGGAGGUGCCGGUGCGCAUCCUGAGAAUGGAGAAGCGCUCCGGGCUGAUCCGGGCCCGGCUCCGGGGGGCUGCGGCAACGCGGGGGCAGGUCAUCACCUUCCUGGAUGCCCACUGUGAGUGCACUAUGGGUUGGCUGGAACCCCUGCUAGCCAGGGUGAAAGAGGACAGGAGGGCGGUGGUCUGCCCAAUCAUUGACGUCGUCAGUGACGACACGUUCGAGUACAUGGCGGGGUCCGACAUGACCUACGGCGGCUUCAACUGGAAGCUCAACUUCAGGUGGUACCCUGUACCCCAGCGUGAGAUGGAUCGGCGGAAAGGAGACCGCACGCUUCCUGUAAGGACUCCUACCAUGGCUGGAGGCUUGUUCUCCAUCGACAGGUCAUAUUUCGAGGAGAUUGGGACGUACGACCCUGGCAUGGACAUAUGGGGUGGAGAGAACCUGGAAAUGUCUUUUAGGGUCUGGCAGUGCGGUGGCUCCCUGGAGAUCAUUACAUGCUCACACGUGGGCCACGUGUUCCGCAAGGCUACGCCCUACAGCUUCCCCGGCGGCACAGGUCAGGUGAUCAACAAGAACAACCGGCGACUGGCCGAAGUUUGGAUGGACGACUUCAAGGACUUCUUCUACAUCAUCUCCCCAGGUGUGGCACGGGUCAACUACGGGGAUGUCAGUUCCCGCAAGGCCCUGCGGGAGGCGCUACAGUGCCGGCCCUUCUCCUGGUAUCUGGAGAACAUCUACCCUGACUCCCAGAUCCCCAGGAGGUACUUCUCACUUGGUGAGAUCCGAAACGUCGAAACGAACCAGUGUCUGGACAACAUGGGCAGGAAAGAGAAUGAGAAGGUGGGCUUCUUCAACUGCCAUGGCAUGGGGGGGAAUCAGGUGUUUUCCUACACUGCCGAUAAGGAGAUCAGGACAGAUGACCUGUGUCUCGACGUGUCUCGGCUCAACGGUCCCGUUGUGAUGCUCAAGUGCCAUCUAAUGAAGGGGAACCAAGCGUUUGAGUACGAUGCAGAGAGAAUGACCUUGCUGCACGUCAAUAGCAACCAGUGUCUGGACAUGCCGUUGCAGGAGGACAAGCUUUCGCCCACCGUUCGAGACUGCACCGGCAGCCGGUCCCAGCAGUGGCUGCUAAGGAACAUGACACUAGGUGGCUAAGAGUGCCUCCCAUGACCUGUCUAGGCAGCGUCUCUAACAUUGGCCACGCCGAGGGCUGGUCAACUGCUUUGCUCAGUUUGGAUCAAGGGUGAAGAACAUCUCGUGCCUGUUUCAUUCUCAUUGUCUGUAUUCUUUGUGGAGAUUUUCACUGCCUGUAUGUGUUUGCUUAGUGUUGGGAAUGUCUUCUCUCCUGGUCAUCUGGAGAACACAUACUGUUUCCUGAAACCAACGGUGAAAGGUGUUCUUUACCUGUUUUGUCUGUUCAUGACUACAUCACUGGGGUUAAUGGAUCUCCCAUAGACCAUUGAGCAUCUUCUGGCUACUGGCACUGUCUUCUGCUCAGUCAGCUACAUGUCUCGUACCAGUUCUGCUCUCUGUGAGAGCUCCAGUACUCUCAUCCUAGCAGCUUUGGGUUCACUGAGCAUGCUUGGAGCAGCUGAGGUCCAACAUGUCCAAGAAUCCAUGGCCCACCUUGUGGUCCUGCAGUUUGCAUUCCUCCAAACCAGGACUCCAUGGAGUUCCCUCAAAGCCUCAUGGAUGAUCCAGCAGCGCAGUGUUACUACACUUAAACUUUUUAACAUAUGAACAUUAGUUUGAUAGGUUUUUUUAAGCCAUCCUGUGUAUUUGUCCCCUUGUCUCAUAUCUUUUCGAUGGGGAAGGAGAUCGUUCAGAGGUAGAAGAUAUCAUGACAGUUUGUAAAAGAACUAGUAGAUGCUCUGUCAACAUUUCUUUGAUACUUGUUGUGUAAGGUUGGAGAAGUUCACACAUAACAUGGUACAACACUGAUAAUCUAACUACUAAUGGAGUUAAACACGUUUGCUUAUGUGUUUUGGAUGGGCAUACCUUCCAGGGUGUACCCUACCUCACGCCCUAUAUUUCCAGGAGAGGCUAUGGACCACCAUGACUUGCCUUGCAAAACACCAUACUGAUCAUAGAUGUAUGGGGAAUUAUUUGCUCAUACAUGUUGACAGACAUACUUAGUUUACACCCUUUUUCUUUGCUCUUUUGUUGUUUUCACUUAAAAUUUUCUCAAGCCAUUCAUUUGAAGGGCAUUCCUCAAAGGUACAAAAGCAGAAGUCCUUGUAGGACUCAAACGUGCAGUCUCUAGGUCGGUAUUCUUAACCGCCACGCCAUCACUAGCCACCUGUUCCUGCCAUGUAUGCUCGCAGUUUUUCCAUGCACAGAAGACAAAUCACGUAAUGUCAUUUUUUCGAGAUUCCAGCGCGGCUGUCAGUGAGGGCUUGUUACGGGAGAUGGGCUUUGAUUCCUCGCACAAGGAGCCUUCACAGCUACGCCUUUAAAGAAGGCUUCGAUGACUCAUUCACACAAAGGCAAGGCGUAACAAAGAGACGGACUGACUACGGUUACCUUUCAGAAAACAGAGAGGUACGCUGCGGGCCAGUAGAGCGGGACGGUGAAUUUGUCAGAAAAGCCGUGUUACAUUAUGAAAAGUUCAGACGGAUACAAUGUGCUUAGAUAUGCUUGAAGUAUGGAGUGUGAUUGACAGUUCAUGGCACCACGAGCUCAGCAAGAGUUAUAUAUUUUUAACUUGAACAAGGCACAGUUAUUUCUUCAUCUGGCCAUUUGCAGUGUCAGGUUUGUACAUUAGGCUACUUACGAUGAUUUACUCAUUUGUACAACAGGGUAAUUUUUACUUUACUAAUUCAGGAUUAGUACCUUGAGUAGGGGUACUUUAACAGGAGGGGGCUUUGGGCCUGGGUCCUUCUAUAAACACAACCGCAGCAAGCACUACACAAAGUUUAUUGUUUAAGUUUUUUUUUUCUUUUUUGUUAUUUUUCUUAGUUUAGUUAGAAGGAUUUGUUAUUUUCCCCUUUUCAAUGUUGGAAAAAAACUAACGGAACCCAUCAGGUUUGGGGGCCUCUUCGGAGGUACAGCAGGACGCCUUUUCAGGUUUCACUCAUAUUUAAACUCUCUACUCUCAGCUGAUUUCUGAUUUUGUGACUACAGUAUUUCAUUUUGGUUGGAACUGUUCCUAGACAUGUUCCAUACAGUAUUGUAAAUACUGCGAAUGUUGGUCAGCAAAGGACUGUGGGAAUUCGCUGUGAAAGGAACAGCGUUGCGACUCGAUGAGUCACUCUGUGUGCUGUGAACAUUGUUAAGCUAUCAAAGUAAACAUUUUGCACAGCAGUUUCUGUCCAGGGGCCAAGACUGAAAGAAGGCCCAUAAAAUAGAGUGUAGGACAUUUAGUAACUUUUUGUCAUGAAAAGUGUUUUAGCUGACCAAUUAAUUGAGUCAAACAAAGUACAGGUGGUCCACGACUUACA